AUGGGGUCGUUGCCAAUGAACUGCUUAAUGUUGACUUUCACCAUUUUAUUACAAAUCAAUGGAUUCCAUGGUUGUAUUGAGAAGGAGAGGAGGGGUCUUCUGGAAAUCAAGACAUAUUUUCGAUUGAUGUAUGGUGAAGAAGACACUACGCUUCUUUCAUGGAUUCAUAGAAAAGAGAGUAACUGCUACAAUUGGGAGAGAGUCACCUGUGAUCCAACUAUAGGCAGAGUAGUCGAGCUCGAUCUUAACAAUUCUCUCAUUCCAAAUACUCUUGAUCCCCAAAAUUAUUUUCUUAAUGUCUCCUUAUUUGCCUCUUUUAAAGAAAUAAGAAUUCUUGAUUUAUCUGGAAAUGACUUGCGGAGUUCUACCAAUACUACAGAUCUAUCGGGUUUGUGGAACUUGGAAAUAUUGGAUUUAAGUUAUAACAAGUUUGAGGGUAACCUCUCGUUGCAAGAAAAUGAAAUUGGUACAAUUAAGGAUUAA